UGCACGUGCUGUCGAUGAGGAAAUGGUCAACAUGGUAUGAAUGGAUCAAUAGCCUGCGUUUCACUUUCUCAUUGCUGGGCAUGUGAUUUCUGUUAUUCAAACAUCUUUGGUAUUGCUAGCUUGGGUUCCAUUGCUUGCAUAGUGACGUUGAUAUACUUAUAUGAGAAUGAGAUGUACCAAUAGUGGUUACAGUAUCUAGCUAGAGCGAUAGCUAUAGCAGGUUGCAGACAGUCGUGUAGGUCGCGCCCGGCUUCAGAGCUCCUUCCCCGGUGACUGCAAGCUGGAAAGGACGUGGAUGCGGCGAGGCCCAUUGGUACAACCAGGUGACAGUAUGGCUGAGGACCCUCAGAGGAACUUCCGUUCUGCCUAUUAUGAGAAGGUGGGCUUCAGAGGGGUGGAGGAGAAGAAAUCACUGGAGAUAUUACUGAAGGACAACCCACUGGACGUGGAGAAGCUGAGCACUUUCAGUCAGAGAUUCCCUCUGCCUUCAAUGUACAGGAUCCAUGUAUGGAAAGUGCUGUUGGGUAUCCUUCCUCCCCACAGUGACUCCCACUCCCUGGUGGGAGGGUACAGGCGGGAACAGUACCAGGAUGUGUUGGAGGCCCUGAAGGUGAUGAGGUUUGUCCACAUGGCCACUCCCCAGACGCAGGUGUACCUACGCAUGUUCCAGCUGGAGAGCCAAGUGCUACCCAGACGCUCUGAUAUCUCAGCCCCGGACGAGGAGGAUGAGGACUUCCUGUCCAUAGCUCGAGCCAUGGAGGAGAUCGUAGAAGACCCUAUGGAUUGUUAUUGGCUGAUCAAGAGCUUUGUCAACCAGUUCAACAAUAAGUUUGGAGACUCCAUUCCCCACCUGCCCAAGAGUCUGGAGCACUACCUGAGUGUGGAGGAGCCCCGGCUACUGAACCAUCUGAAGAAUACUGGGGCCCUCGCCAUGCUGCCAUACAGCCUGUGGUUCAGACGAUGCUUUGCUGGCUGCCUGCCUGAGUCCAGCCUGCAGAGGGUGUGGGACAAGGUGAUCAGCGGGUCCUGUAAGAUCCUGGUCUUCGUUGCCAUGGAGAUCCUUCUCAGCUACAAGAUCGUGGUGAUGGGGACCAGCAGACCGGAGGGAGUGGUCAACAUCCUGUGCAACAUGCCCCAGGAGAACACGGACGCAAUAGUGACUAAGGCCAUUGACCUGUGGCACAAGUACUGUGGCACCCCCAUGCACUCUGUAUAGGAUCACAGGUCUCCUGCCGCGCCCUCUGGAUGGGGUCAUUGACAUUUGGGAUACGCUUGGACUCAAAUCAAUCACAUUUAUUUGUCACAUACUUCGUAAAACAACAGAUGUGGACGAGCAGUGCAACGGUUUCUUCCAAACAAUGCAGAGAGAACGAGCAUAGAGAAAUAAUAUAAAAGUCAUAAUAACAUGUCUAUAUACACACACGGUGCCAGUUUCGAGUAGAUCUGCAGGGGUACAAGGUCAUUGAGGUAGAUAUGUUCAUAUAACUAGGAAUAAAGUGACUAAACAACAGUA